AUGUUGAAGAAAUAUUUGGAGUAUAUGGCAUUGCUUAUAUUGUGUAAAUUUGAUUCAAUUUUUAGGGCUGUACAGAGUGUAAAUGAAGAUGAAAAUCAUUUAAGAAAGCGAUUGAUAUACUCUCUGUUAUUGGAAAUAAAUGAUUUAGUGUGUUCUGUUAUGAAGUUAACGUCAACAUUAGAAAAAUCAACAGGGGAACUUAGAAAUAAAUUCAAUGAGUUUGAGCAAUCAGUGAAAGAUUAUGAUUUUCCCGAAAAUAGCAUCCUAACAAAUGGAAAUUCUUUGCAACCUUCACUAUCAGAAUUACUGGAACUUGCAAAUGAUUCUUGGACAUACUAUGAAGCGUACAUAGGUGAAAUACAAAUUAGUUUACAAAUUGCAAAUUUAACUAAAGAAGCUGAAAUAGAAAAUAUAUUAGAAAUAUUAAAAAGGAAUUUGAAUGACAACGAUAUUGAUGAUUUCAUAGCGAUAACUCAGUUUUGUGAGCAGGUUGAUGUGAGUACCACAUAA